AUGGAUAGAAGGGCUUCGAGUAGAGCUCUUUUUAAUGCCGUGUGUGCAAACGAUGUAAAUAAAGCAUCGGCGGCUCUCAAGGAAGGAGCAGAUGUAAACGUAGUGGGAGAGCUUGUAAUCGUAUUAUCGAGAGAGAAGGGAUUCUAUGGUCAUGUGUAUGGUCGUCCAUCAGCGUUGCAAGUAGCAUGUGCUAAUUCAUGGAUUGAAAUGGUAGACUUGCUGCUACAACAUCAAGCAAACAUAAACUAUCAUGACGAAAGGGGUGGAUGGACAGUUCUACAUUAUGCUUGUUUGAAUGGUCAUUUGUCUGUUGUGGAGAAAUUAUUGGCAGCAGGUUGUAAGAAAGAAGCAAGGGCUAGACGUGGAAGGACAGCUCUGCAUAUUGCUUGUCUGUAUGGUCAUUUGUCUGUUGUGGAGAAAUUAUUGGCAGCAGGUUGUAAGAAAGAAGCAAAGACUAAUGCUGUGUGCAAGUUUGAUUAG